UCUCUCUCUCUCUUUCUAUCUCUCUCAUGUUCUGUAAUCCCUAAAUCCCCAAUUGGGACAAAUUAGUCUCUCUCUCUCUCUCUCUCUCCCACACACCCUUUGCUCGUGCUUGGGGAAUGCGUUCUGUGUAGUCAGCUGCUGUAUCGGAAGUUUUUGUGAGCAGUGAGUGACAAAUGAAUAACGGUUCUUGGUUACCUGAAGAGGACUUCAAGGGUCUAGAGGAUAAUUUCUUUGAUAAUCUUGUUGAGCAUAUGGAUGAUAUUCCCCUUGAAGACAUUGAAACUGCUGAUGAUGAUGAGGAAGAUUGGGUUACCGGGUUUAAAAACCUCGGUCCUCCACCAUUGGAUGUGCUAACGAGUUUGUCCUCUGAGUUCGAUUGCAAGGUACAGCGUGUGCGAGUCCACAAGCCUGCAACCAUUGUGAAGCAGUCGAGUUCUUCGGAUGUCUCUUCUACUGUUGAUAACUUCCCUCCUGAUGUCAAAGUCUCGAAGUUAUUUCAGUCUACAAGCCCAGUCUCAGUUCUCGAGAACAGCAAUGGUUCCGCCUUGUCCCAUAACCAAAACAGAAUUCAGAGACUGGCCUUUCUUGUGAAAGGCAUCAGAAGCAAGCGCAAACGCCCCACAACGCUGAGAUUCUUCCAGUCACUUGGAGCAGAGAUGUCUCAGAUGUUUNUGGAUGAAAUCAUGCUCGUGUUUUGUUUGUAUACUUUUCUUUGGUUCUCACUUAACUUGAGGGAGGCAAACCAUAAUUCCAGCAUAUCAGAUCCUGUUUUGUAA